AUGGAAAAUCAAACAAUUGUAGCGGAAUUCACAUUGAUGGGAAUAUCUCACCUUCCAAAGCUUGAACACCAACUCUUCUUUAUGUUUCUCCUUACUUAUCUGAUGACCAUGAGUGGGAAUCUUUUGAUCCUGGUCCUCAUCCUCACUGAUAACCAUCUUCACACCCCAAUGUACUUAUUUCUUGGACACCUGGCCGGCGUGGACAUCUGCUAUUCCCAAGUUACUUGCCCACGAAUGCUCUUGGACUUCUACUCUGAGAAGAAAACCAUAUCCUACAGAUCUUGCCUGACCCAAGCUUUUUUCUUCCUGUGUUUCGUUAGUUGUGAGUGCUUCUUGCUGGCUGUGAUGUCCUAUGACAGAUAUGUUGCUGUUUGUCAGCCUCUGCAAUAUAUACAAAUCAUGAGUUGGAAAAGAUGUACCCAGCUCCUCACAUUGAUAUGGACUUUAGGAUCCAGUUACACUUUAGUGGAAAUACUAUUCACGUUGAGGUUGACAUUUUGUGGUCCAAGCAUCAUCCACAAUUUCUUUUGUGACCUUCCCCAGUUGUUGACUCUUUCAUGUACAGAUCCGUCCCUCAACAUGCUCUUACUGUUUGUGUUGGGAGGGAUAUUAUCAUUCAUUGUUUUCUUCAUAACGUUCUUGCCAUAUGUUUAUAUUUUCUACACGGUACACAGGAUAAGGUCAAAAAACCCAACUCUCAAAGCCUUCUCCACCUGUAUGUCCCACCUCACAGUGGUUUGUAUUUUCUAUGGAACCCUGUGCUUUGCCUACUUGCGCCCACGCUCAAGAUAUUUAGACGCAGAUGUAGUUGUUUCCGUUGUGUACGCGGUGAUUUCCCCUUUAUUAAAUCCCAUCAUCUACAGUCUGAGAAAUGGGGAGAUUAAACGUGCAUUAGGAAGGGUAAAGUAUUUACUCAUUACUAUUUACAUGGAAUAA